AUGGCUUCAGGAUCUCUGCAACCGGGGGCAGAACCACUCGCAAGAGGAAGAUCCUACUCAGUUUUUGAAGCUCUCCUUGGGCGGGAUCAUCAGACAGCAAAGGAGCGAGACGGACCUUUCCGCCUUAUCCGCUGGCUACUGGAAGUGACAACGAACGCUGCACUUAGAGCCCAAGUUAACAUCAUCACAACCUUUGCAUUCAUUCGAGCUGCACGACAGGAAUGUGUCCGACUCGAAAACGCAAUAAAUGGCACCCUGGGGCAAGAAACACCCAGUGUCUCGUUUGAGGGAUUCAAGAAAACUAAAGAGGGCAUAAGCAAGCUAGAAGAUAUUUUGCUCGAAGAAUGGGAGUAUACCGUCGAGCCAAACAUUUUCGAGUCCAAAUCAGUCCUUGAGUGUCGCAAAAGUGUCGAAUCAUGGGAGCGAAACCGUGCGAAAGUCCUUGACAAAUUUCUCAGAGUGUCUGUUUUGUCACCGGGUGGGGCAAGACCCAACCCCGAAGCUCUCGUUCAGACUCUUUGGGAACCUCGUCGUGAUGAUGCACUUGUUCUGCGUACCAUGGUAGAGCAUAUCGAACCAGAGCGUAUAAUUAUCGACGAGAGGCUGAACCAGUCUCGUACUAUUUUGCGAAGUCUUAUGGGCUUAGCAGAACGCGCACAACCAGUCCUAAAUAGAGAGAGGACUACUUAUGCCAUCAAGACAGCUUGGUUCAUCCGCGUCGCGAUCGAAGAGUCCAAAAGUGUCAAUACAAGAUAUCUUCGCCGAAGAUACCUUCAAGGUUCAGACGUUUGGGCCACUGCAUUAGACCUCGCAUUAUCCAUAGCAGGAGAUAAUGUUGGGAUGGGGGAAGUGGCGCGAAAGUAUCAGACGUUCGUGGACAAAUUACUUGUGAACACGGACAGCACCCUUUCUCCUCAAGCUCUCCUUGAUCUCUUCGCAGCCGGCGCUCAUGUGUCUCGUCCAUUCAUGUCCCAGAAUCACGCAUUAGUCGAACUCUGCUAUGAACUUGGACAGCAGUACAGCAGCACUGGUGUGGGAGACUUGGAUAAACUUGAAGCAGUACAAGAUGCUAUUUCGCGGUGUUUGGACGCAGCAAACGCUGCUCGACGAGAACAGGUGAACUUGGCGACGAUGCAGCAGCCCAACAAAGGCGCCAUUGAGCAAGCGUAUCGGAUUGCUUAUGAAUCGGUCAAAGCUGCACUUCGAAGUUUAUCUAGUCCCGAAAUCAAUACCAUCGACGCCACCAUGACACAGGCCAGAGCAGAGGAUGAAGAGCGUAUGAGAGCGUACCAAGAAAGAUUCGCAAAGGCCCAGUUGACGCAGCCGAGCACCAGAAUGGUUCGAGUGAGGAUGGGUAACCGAGACAUCAUCGUCCCAGAUGAUACACGGAUUGCCGCGCUAAUCUGGAGCGAGCAGCAGAAUACACGGCAGAGAAUUAUUGGGAUCAGGAGAGGUGGUGCCCUCGUUGAGCCUCAUCGGACGAUUGGCGAGAUUGCUGGAGGUGCUGGUGCUCUGCAGCUCGACAUGCAGUUUGCUACUUCUUGA